AUGAAGAGCCGUAUGCUCUUCGUGUUGGUGUCGUUGAGUUGGCUUUUAUUGAUAUUCUUCCUCUUGAAUGUGAGUUCAGUGCAAAGACUGCCCGAAGAGACCAAUACAGUGCAAGUGGACAACAGAUACGCCAAACUCAACGACAGACUCAAUGAGGCCAACCGUCAGAUUGAGCUCCUGAUGGAGCAAAACAAGCAUUUGGCCCAAAACCUCAAGACUUUGACCGAUCUUAAGGUCAAUCCGCAAGAGUUGUCGGUCGAGAGACCGGAAGCCGUGAAAGUGAAGGACGCGUUGGCAUUGAAUGCAUUUCCCGGCACUCCGUUUGAGACGUCUUUGAGACGCGUCCGACAGAAUGUGGACGAGAUUUGGCACUACUUGAGGACCAAAAUGGAUAAGAAGUCAAUGGGUUUUGUGAAUGACUUGCGAUACAACAUGUUCUACGAAUUGGAUGUAUUGAGUGAUAGAGACAAUCGGUGGCGAAACCAAGAGCUCAAGAAUUUAAGUGAUUUCGUCCAGAAUCGGAUUCAUAGGCUCCAGAAUCCGAGUGAUUGCGAAAACGCCAAGAAAUUGGUUUGUGAUCUGAAUAAGUACUGCGGCUUCGGGUGUCAGAUACACCAUUUGGCCCAUUGUUUUGUGGCCGCUCUGGCGCUCAACCGGACUCUCAUCUGCGAUACGCAGGACUGGCGGAGCUCUAGUGGUGAGCAAAAUGUGUGGAACAAACUCUUUCAGCCAAUUAGUCAAACAUGUGUUAACCCGAACGGUCACAACCGCACCGAUUGGGGCGACGAUAAACGCUUGCACUCGUAUCAAGUCAUGUAUUAUCCCAUAAUAGACUACAUAACACCGUUACCCGAGUUUCUGCCACUCGUUAUACCGCAACAAAUAGCCGAUCCACUGAUUAGACAGAGCGGCGAACCAUUCAUUUGGUUCAUCGGAAAUGUGCUGAAGUAUAUGUUGCGUCCGUCCGACCAAUUGAGUCAAUUCAUGGACACAUUUAAGAGAGACAAUCAAUUCAGUCAUCCGAUCGUUGGUAUACACGUCCGGCGGACCGAUAAAAUCGGAACCGAAGCCAAAUUCCAUACCAUCGAUGAGUAUAUGUUUUAUGUCGAAGACUUCUAUAAUAAGCUCGACUUAAAGAGUGUGAGACAAUCGGCGAACAAAAAGGCUCAACGAUUAGUAUAUUUGGCGACCGAUGAGCCGAACGUAUGGCUCAAAGAGAUCAAACCCUAUCAGGAAAGGGGUUAUGUAUUUAAGGGCGACAUAAAGCUGUCGCAGAGCGCCGACCCCUCACAGCGGCAAGAAUUUGAGUCACUCCACGACGUUGUCGUCGAUCUUCUACUUCUAAGUCAAUGCGAUUACAUUGUCUGCACAUUCAGUUCCCAGAUCUGUCGGAUGGCCUUCGAGUUGAUGCAAACCAGACACUCGUCCACUCAAGACAUGUCUCAAGCAUUUUAUUCACUCGACGACAUCUAUUAUUUCGGCGGUCAGGUAUUUCACGGCAAGAAAGCUAUAGUCAGUCAUUCGGCGCAAAGUAAGCGAGAAAUCAGUUUCAAUGCGGGAGAUAUACUGGGAAUUGAACGCAACGAACACAACGGGUAUAACACCGGAGAUCACAAUCGGACUAAACGUAAGGGUCUUUACCCUCGUUUCAAAGUCACCGAAUUUGUUGAAUCCAAACCAUUCGCUGCUUUCCAUUAGUAUUGCUUUUAAUAAUCUAUUCAUUUAACGAAUUGAAUGCCA